AAUGGUUACAAACUGGGAGCCUUUUUAUGUAAUAGGCAUGUUGAACUUUAUUUGGUCCGGCUUGCAUGGUUCAUAUAGUUGGGCUACACGGGUGACUUGACCAAAGAUACUCCGCUAACAUUUCAGUAGUGAUUUCAGUAGUGAUUUCAGUAGUGAUUUUAGUAGUGAUUUCAGUAGUGAUUUUAGUAGUGAUUUCAGUUAAAUGCUCAUAUGUCCCCCUGCCAGUAAUACACACCCAGGCGGAGCAGCCCUGCAGCCAGUCUUCUCAAGAUGGAGAAAAUGACCACCAGAGCAGACGUCCAUACCUAACCACAGCUCCCGAAGACGACAAGGAAACCUCACAGCCCGAGCUAACUGGUUGGCAACCCAUGAAGGAUGUUCUGCCUGAAGGUGAAAUAAAUCACACUAGCAAAAACGGACACAUGAGCAAUAAUGAUGACGCCAAUACUACUCCAAGGGAAGCCGCCAUCAGUAUCCCAGAGAAAGCCCCUGUUGCCCAGCCCUUGUCGAUACCCACUGAUUCAGACACAUGCGUUGACUCCCAUCAGUACAGGAACGACCCACCGGAGAUUGGAACCCCAGAUAGUACAGACAUAAGUGCAGGCGCUGGAAGUGGAGAAGGCCAACACAGAGAAACUUCAUCUCAUGCUCCAGGAUGGUCAGUGAUUCCUGGCUCCCCAUGCCACGUUCACAGUUCAGCUGUAGAGAAUACAGCUUCUCCGCCUCUGUGUCCUGUUGGACCUUGUCAGAGCUCUGCAAAAGAAUCUCAGGUUCACGUUUCAACAUCUCCACCCAUGAUCACACAAAGCAAGAUUCAGGUGAUGGCCACGCCAGUAAGGAUUCAGGUAGCACCUCCUCUUCCUCUUCAUCCUUCGCCUCCUCCCCCCCCUCCUCUCACCAGAUGCCCCACUCUCCCACCUCCUCGAUCUUUGCAUUCACAUCCACAUCCACCUCCACUGGUUUGCCACCACUCUGUCUCCAGGGGAACACCUGCACAACUUGUUCAGUUGCCUCAGAUUCGUACUCCAUUCCAACAGAUUCCAAUUCCAUCAGACAUUCUUCCGCCUCCGUUACCCCAGCAACUGCCUCCGUUCCAAGUGCCGUCAGCUACCUCUUCUAUUCUUACAUCACAAGUCCCUGCUCCAUUUUCACUGUCCUGUCAGAAAAGACACAUUGACAGUCCAAAAGAUCAGCUACCUGAUCCUACGGAGAGUCUGCCUGUCUUACUCGACCCAAGAUCUGAUCUAUCGGAAGAUGACCCGGUGUCGCCGUUGCCUUCUUAUCCUCUGUUUGACGGUUUCUGUGAGCCGUCACAAGAGUUGCCCUCCACCAGUGCUUCACCAGAUUCAACGGAGGGAGCCACUUCUAAUGGUCCAGCUGAUGCACCGAAACAAGUAUCAAGUGACUUUAAAUCAGUCGUACAGAAGUUGAGGUUACAUUUGAUGACUCAUCAUACAUCCACCAGGUCACGCAAUAUGCAGUCGAAGCCGAAAUGUUACAGCCGAGAUGGUUCAGGAACAUCAGUGCUCAGGGAGAAAAAGCGCCAGGAAUCAAAUAUGGGAGAAGGGAAGGAAGAUGGAGGCUUGGUAAAUCCUGGAGGCUUGGAUGCCACUGUAAAGAAUCCCAAUGUCACAAGCAAGAAGAGAUCCCACCAGCCUAGCAGGAUCCAGACUAACAAGAACCAAGAUCAGCCUAGAAGGUUAAGUGCUAGGAAGUCAAAGCCAGUAUAUCGUUACCUGGUGGAUCUGGAAACACCUAAACCCAAUGCAGAAAAUAUUCAGCAAGCAAAUUACACAAGUGUAUGCACAUUAGAUGGUCCCGCAAAGGUUCACAAGGAAACGGGCAAGAAGAGUUACAAUCAGCCUAGCAGGAACCAAUCUGACAAGAACCAACCUGAGAAGAACCAACCUCCCAAGGGCCAACCUGGCAAGAACCACAGACACAAGAACCAGUGUGAGGUGUGCGGGCGGGUCCUGAGCAGUGCCUCUUCUCUGGAGCACCACCAGAGAGUCCACAGAGGGGAGAGACCCUUCGUCUGUCACGUGUGUGGGAAGGCUUUUCCUGACGGGAAAGGCCUCAGACGUCACCUUCUCAUUCACACAGCAGACAAGCGUCAUCGGUGCUCGGAGUGUGGCAAAACGUUUGUCUAUCGCUUCCACCUCACCAGUCACCAGGUUACCCACACAGGUGAGAGGCCUUUUCCCUGUAGCGUCUGUGGAAAACGCUUAACAACCAAGUCAACGCUGGCCGCUCACACACGUCUGCACACAGGAGAAAAGCAUUUCAGCUGCGAUCUGUGUGGCAGGACAUUCAUGCACCGGAAGUCAUUCAACACCCACAUGCAGAGACACAGAGGAGAGAGGCGUUAUGUUUGCUUGACCUGUAACAAACGAUUUCAGGACCUCAACCACCUGAAGGCGCACAAGCGCACACACACCGGGGAGAGGCCAUAUCAGUGCAAGAUGUGUGGCAAGAGAUUCAUACAGUCAGGACAUCUCAAGAAACAUGCCAAGACACAACACUAAGGAUUUAUCAUAGUACUGGAAAAUGAGGCAGAUCAUUUUGGCAGAAAUAAUUGAUGUAUGAUUGGUAUAUCAAUAUGAUAUUCCAGGUUUACUUUGUUGUAUCAGUUUUCAU